AGCCAGCAGAACUUAGAUUAGCUAAUCACCAGCAAGAGAGAGCAGAGGAAAGGAGAGGUGAUGCUGCUGCUGUCUGCUCUCACUUUCUCUCACUGAGACUGAUAAGAAGAAGGAGGAGGAGCAGAAGGAGGAGGAGGAGGAUGAUGAAGAAGAAGAACAACAAGGCUACAUGGUUGAAUGGUGGAUUCCUGACAUCUUCUUGUGUUUCCUUCUACAACAAGCUCAUGGAUUGGACUUGUACCAUGUUGGAAAUUUGAAAACCCACUGUUCUUGAUGAUAUUUUAUUAUUUUAUUUUUUACAUCAUACUUGGAGAACCACCUACACACCAACGGCAUACCCUAGCAACCACCUACCUAACUACCUACCCCAUGCCUGGAGUCACAGGAGGCACGAUCUACUACUACACCCGGCUAAAUCUAAAUAAAACCACCAGGGGUUGGAAAAAUCCUCUGCCCUCCCUCAUGGAAGAGGUUAAGCCGCCUAUUUAGCAAUCUGUUGGGUUUCUGCAGAGCCAGACACCUUUAUUUAGCUAUUUAUUGCAUUGCAUUACAGUGCAUUAAAUUGCAUUACAUUGCAUUGCUUUACGUUACGUUGCAUUGCUUUGCAUAGGCUGGACUGAACUAAAGGAUAUGUUUUGGGGACUACUGAACUACCAGCUGCUGAAAACGUGCCAAAACUAAUGGACAUGCCUCGAAAAUAGCCCCCUCGAGACGCCCAACGUUUAACAAACAAGCUCAGGUCUGAGGGAUGAGCUCAGCUCCAGCUCUCUGACGCCCCUGAGAUAGGGGGCCUGCCUGGUGGAUCCCACCUCCACCUGACCCAGCGGUACGUUCGCCUCAUCCCUCUCCCACCAUGCUGAUCAAAGAGUACCGCAUCCCCAUGCCCAUGAGCGUGGAGGAGUACCGCAUCGCCCAGCUCUACAUGAUCCAGAAAAAGAGCCGAGAGGAGAGCGAGGGCGAGGGCAGCGGAGUGGAGAUUCUGGAGAACCGGCCCUAUACGGACGGGCCUGGCGGGAUCGGACAGUACACGCACAAAGUGUAUCACAUCGGGCAGCACAUUCCCAGCUGGUUCCGCUCCAUCCUGCCAAAAGCGGCUCUGCGGGUGGAGGAGGAGUCCUGGAACGCCUAUCCAUACACUCGCACACGCUACACCUGCCCUUUCGUGGAGAAGUUCUCAAUCGAUAUCGAGACAUACUAUAAGCCGGAUACGGGAACUCAGAACGACGUCUUCAGUUUAUCUUCAGCAGAGAAAAGACAGAGAGAUAUCGACCCCAUAGACAUUGUGAAAGACAUCAUCGCCCCCCACGAGUACCUGGCCGAGGAGGACCCCAAGCUCUACAAGUCUCUGAAGACACAGCGCGGCCCCCUGAACGACGACUGGAUCGAGGAGAUCAACAUCAACCCCGGAGCCAUGCCCGUCAUGUGCGCCUACAAGCUGUGCAAAGUGGAGUUCCGCUACUGGGGCAUGCAGUCCAAGAUCGAGCGCUUCAUCCAUGACGUGGGUCUGAGGAAAGUGAUGGUACGGGCGCACCGGCAGGCCUGGUGCUGGCAGGACGAGUGGUACGGUCUGACCAUGGAGGACAUCAGGCAGCUGGAGCUGGAGACCCAGUUAGCUCUGGCCAAGAAAAUGGCCCAGUUCAGCUUAAACGAGGAGGGAGGAGAAACCAACGGCGCCACCGCCAGUCCGGACAAAACGCAGGACGCCAAGGAGGCCAUCGGGGCCAUGGAGACGGAGGGUCAGGCCCGGGGCCUGGGGGACACGCUGCAGACUCGCGGGGAACUGACCAAGCAGUGGUCCACCUCGUCCAGGUCCUCCAGGUCUUCAAAGAGAGGAGGAAGUCCCUCUCGCCACAGUAUUUCUGAAUGGCGCAUGCAGAGCAUCGCCCGCGAUUCAGACGACAGCACGGACGACGAGUUCUUCGAUGCCCACGAGGACUUCUCAGACGAGGAGAUUUUUGCCAAGGAAAUCACCAAAUGGAGCUCCAACGACCUGAUGGACAAAAUUGAGACGGCGGAGGCGGACGAGCCCCAGAGUGAUCUGUAUCAGGAGUCUGGGGUUGAGUAUUCUGAAGCCGGUGCUGUGCAGAGACUUAAUGAGAGAUCCAGAUCAAAGCCUCGGUCCAGAAAACGCAGGCGCCGAGUGACCCGACCCGCAGCUGACGGUUCUGCUCAGGCGGGUCUGCAGGCCUCUAAGAUCCACGUUCUGCUGCUGGUUCUGCACGGCGGGAACAUCCUGGAUACGGGUGGAGGAGAUCAGAGCAGUAAGCAGGGGGAUGUGAACACCAUCAGCACCGUGUUUGAGACGGUGAUGCGGGUUCACUACCCGGCAGCGCUGGGUCACAUCGCCAUCCGGCUGGUGCCGUGCCCGGCCGUGUGCGUGGAGGCCUUCUCCCUCGUCUCAAAUUUGAGUCCGUACAGUUAUGAUGAGGGCUGCCUCUCUAACAGUCAGGACCACAUCCCGCUGGCUGCUCUGCCCCUGCUUGCUACAUCUGCCCCCCAGUACCAGGACGCCGUGGCGGCAGUGAUAGUCAGAGCCAAUCAGGUGUAUGGAGACUUCAUCAAAUCACUGGAAGGAGCUGCGUUCUCUGGACAGGUGUGUCUGAUAGGAGACUGUGUCGGGGGAAUCCUGGGGUUUGAUGCUCUCUGCAGCAGCAACGUCACCGUCUCCGAGAGUCAGAACAGCAGCAGGAGGGGGAGUAUAGUCAGCGUACAGGACAAUGACCUGCUAUCACCGGGCAUCAUCAUCAACAGCAGCCACUGCUCUUCCUCAGCGCCGGGUCUGUCUCUGGAAGGCAGCCGCCACCUGAGCCGCAGCAACAUCGACAUCCCGCGCUCCAGCGGCCCCGACGACCCCAAGAAACAGCUCCCCCGCAAACGCAGCGACUCCUCCACCUACGAGCUGGACACCAUCAAACAGCACCAGGCCUUCCUCUCCAGUCUCCAUUCCAGUGUACUGCGGAACGAUCCGGGCUCGCGGAGGUCCAGUAACAGCACCAUGCUGGAAGGCGGCGGCGCUCUGGGCAAGUUUGAUUUCGAGGUGUCUGAUUUCUUCCUGUUCGGGUCUCCUCUGGGUCUGGUUCUGGCUCUGAGGAAGACUGUGGUUCCUACUCUGGAUGUGGCUCACCUUCGCCCAGCCUGUCAGCAGGUAUAUAACCUGUUCCACCCAGCGGACCCCUCAGCUUCACGCCUGGAGCCCCUGCUGGAGAAGAAGUUCCACCUGCUGGCCCCGUUCAGCGUCCCCCGCUACCAGCGCUUCCCCCUGGGAGACGGGCACUCCGCCCUGCUGGUGGAGACCCUCCAGACCAACCCUCACCUCCUGCUGGAGUGUGGAGGCGGCUUUACCCGCUGCCCUGACGGCCUGGGCGAGACCUCCAUCCCCGUGCCCGUGCUCAACUGGCAAGCAGCGCCAGCCACACCUGAGUCGGAUGUAAUGCACGCUCAUGGGGGGAUGUUCGUGGAGAACUCGUACCCCUCGUCUCCUGCCUCGGUUCCUGCGUUCCGUAUUCCUCGCAGAUCCAGCGAGGUCAGCAUCGCCAGCCAGGUCUCAGGACUGGCAGACAGUUACACUGCCUCCAAUAUUGCCAACACUCAGUCAUGCCACCUUAAUCAGUCCAAAAAGCUUAGCCUUCUGUCCCAGCUGGCUCUCCCCUAUACCAAAAUAUCCUCCAGAAGCCCCUCCCCGAAAGUCCGCCACAGGUUGCUCAAUAUCAGGGGGGCGGGGUCAGACGACACCAGCUGCUCGGACGACCUGGAGCGCGGCGGGAGCCCCCUGGGGUUCGAGCCCGCCCCUCCCCUCAGCUCCGACCCUCCAUCUCCGUGCAUGCAGCUGGACGUAGAGCAAGUUGCUGCUCGUUGGUGGGGCACUAAGCGUAUAGACUUUGCCCUGUACUGCCCCGACGCUCUGACUGCCUUCCCCACCGUGGCUCUACCUCACCUGUUCCACGCCUCCUACUGGGAAUCCACUGACGUCGUGUCCUUUUUACUACGACAGGUAAUGAGGCAUGAGAAUUCCAGUAUUUUGGAGCUGGACGGUAAGGAGGUGUCUGAGUUCACCCCGUCUAAACCGCGGGAGAAGUGGCUGAGGAAGAGGACGCAUGUUAAGAUCAGGAACGUCACGGCUAAUCACCGGGUGAACGAUGCGGUGUUUACGGAGGACGGGAUGCAGGUGGUGACCGGCCGGUUCAUGUACGGACCUCUGGAUAUGGUCACUCUAACCGGAGAGAAGGUUGAUAUCCAUAUAAUGACCCAGCCUCCGUCGGGUGAGUGGGUGCACUUCGACACAGAGCUGACCAAUAGCAGCGGCCGGAUCUCCUACGUGAUCCCGGAGAGCAAGCGGCUGGGGAUCGGGGUGUACCCGGUGAAGAUGGUGGUCAGGGGGGAUCACACGUCUGCAGACAGUUAUCUGACGGUUCUGCCGCGCGGGACCGACUUCGUGGUUUUCAGUAUCGACGGAUCGUUCGCUGCCAGCGUGUCCAUCAUGGGCAGUGACCCUAAAGUGAGGGCGGGGGCCGUGGACGUGGUCAGGCACUGGCAGGAUCUGGGGUAUCUGAUCGUGUAUGUGACGGGUCGGCCGGACAUGCAGAAGCAGCGGGUGGUGGCCUGGCUCUCCCAACACAACUUCCCCCACGGCAUCGUCUCCUUCUGCGACGGCCUGGUGCACGACCCCCUCCGGCACAAAGCCAACUUCCUCAAGUCCCUCAUCUGUGAGGCUCAUAUGAAGAUCUUCGCUGCGUACGGCUCCACUAAAGACAUCUCAGUCUACACCUCACUCGGCCUGCCCCCCUCUCAGAUCUACAUUGUCGGGAGACCAACAAAGAAGAUGCAGCACCAGUGUCAGUUUGUCUCAGACGGCUACGCGUCUCACCUCUCCCAGCUGGAGUACAGCCAGCGCUCCCGUCCCGCCAAGGCGGGCAGCACCCGCAUGGUCCUGCGGAAGGGCAGCUUCGGCCUGGGUGGAGGUGGCGAGUUCCUGCGCAAACGCAACCACCUGCUGCGCACCAUCUCCUCCCAGCCGGCCCCCUCCGCCUCGUCCUCCGUCCCCACGGGGCGUCCGGAGAGGGCUCAGAGCCAGUCGGAGUUCGACCGGGACCGGGCGGAGCGUGCCCAGCGGAGCAUGAGCAUCGCCGCGGGCUGCUGGGGGCGAGCGGGGAAGCUGGAGGGCGGCGCGCUGAGCCCAAAGUAGUGUUCAUGCACCGGGGCACGCACCAAUCGGAGCUCAGACUGACUGCUUAGACCUCUGCGGACCCUGGGGAGGGGUAUCCGAUCCGUGGGGUGGGGUGGGGUUGAGGUUGGAGGGAGGGGUAAAUUGUGGAAAAGAGAAUCACAGAGGCGAGCCUGUGGAGCAGUUGGAACGGCGGCUUGACGCGCGAAAGACUCCACAGCUUUUUAUAAUGUAGCAUGAGUGGCACGAGUGGCAUCAGGGGGAGGAGCUUGUGUGUUUUUCCAUUGACGACACUCAAAACUACUCAAAUCUCAUGCCUUAAAGCAGCAGCAGCAGCAGCAGCAUGGCUCGGGGUCGUGGAACGCUGGCACUCGCCUCCCUCCAAUCGACCAUUUGAUUGAAUGUACUGUUUGCACCUACGCUGGAUUGUUUGGGGGCGGAGCUAAAGGAAUUAAGGACCCGUUCUACCAGAGGAUCCGUUCUUCAGGAAUGUCACAACGACUCAACGUUUUCCAAAACACACUUACACUUACUUGCUGUCCAGAAACAUCGUCGUCUCCAUCUGUAAAUAUGUGCCUCCCUCUUCCCACGUCUCCUCACGUCUCCUCACGUCUCCUCAUGCUCAGGGCAGCCAUGGACAGAUGAGCCGGCCAUGGUCACACCCAGAAUCCAGUUAUUAGCCUAUUAGCCUUGUAGCCUGUUAGCCACACUCUAUAUCACCCUUCCAUCCCAUUACUUGACCUCUUUGCCAAUUGCGAGCUCAUAUUUUAACCCCUGCCACCUUCCUCUGCCAUCUUCCUGUUUCUCGUACCUCUUUUUGUCUCAUCACCAGAUCCCAUCCAAUCCCAUCUCAUCUCAUCCCAUCUUAUCCAUGCCAUCCUGGAGGAGGUUCUUGCCAAAAGCCUUUGCCAAAAGCAGCAUUUGGCACUGAAGGACCCGAUAUGGACUCAAUAUGGACCCAACAAGGACGGAAGUUUGAACCCCCACCAUGGCGUUCAUGUCGUAACGUGUGUUUUUUCUUGUUGAUUAGCAUGGCCUACAGGUCAUCAGAGGCCUUAACUCCUCACGAACUUCUCCACCAUGUAUUAUUGUCAUUAUUAAUAUAAUUAUAAUUAUUAUUACCACACAAGAAAGAAUUUCACGAGAGCGCGAAUGAACGAACAAACAAACAAACAAAAUGAAUGAACGAACGAACGAACGCUGCUCUCAGGCCGAAACCAAGAACUCUGGUCUUUCGUUUUAUUAUAAUUAUUAUUAUAUAUAUUUUUUUUGUGACACUCAAUCUGUACUUGGCAACAAUCCCUUUAUUAUAUCUGGCUGCCAUCUGCUUGCAAUACCUCUUUGACACCACUAGUUGGAGCUGAGAACCUCCUGUAAACUCUUCGGGCACGUUUUUCGCUGGCUUUUCCAUCUCACUGGUGCGCGGUACACGCCGGCGUAUCGGUUUGUCUCUAUGACGGUACAUCGAUACGCCUUCCCACAGCCAAGUAAAAAGAUCCUUUAUUGAGCCUCUCUGUCCUCCGAACUUUUAACUCAGUAUUUCUCAGUUUUCCUGCGUAUUCUCGUACGUCUCGUACGUCUCGUACACCCAUUGCGAAUCCCAGCGCUCAGAUCAGAUCAAGCGUCUGCACAUUUCGGACAAAGACGAAGACGAGGAGGACCAGGACAAAGACAAAAAGGACAAGGAGAAGGACAAGGAGGAAGAGUAUUAGUAUGGAUAUGAGUUUUAACGUGUACCUAUUCCUCCAGUUGGCAAACAAAAUGAACAGCUGUGAAUCAUCUCUUACGACAACAACCCCUCUCGCACCUUCUUCUGUGAGGACUUUAAUCGCGUUCACAGACACACAGAUGGACAGAUGGAUGGAAGGAUGGAUGGGUAGAGGGAAGACUGGAUGGAGAGAUGGAUGGAUGGAUAAAGGAAAGGAGGGAUUGAGGAAUGGAAGUCGGGGUGGGAAAUCACAACAGAGUAUAAAUAGAAUAUAUAAACAACUGGAGACACUUGAUCCAAACCAAUGGCCAAAAGCAUUUCUUCUUCUUUUUGUUUUUUUGUUUUGUAGUUUUUCGGAAGCUGUAGUUACUCAACUGUAUAACCUCAUUGUAAUUUUUGCACUAGUCAAUAGUGGAGAACCUUGUUACCAUCCUCUCAUGUUGCUACAUCCUGUUAUCUUGUAGUGCAUGAUACCUGAUGUUCAGUUAUGGCAGGGUUUAAGUAGCGCACGUCUCAGGCGACGGGAUUAACGAGAAAAAAUAUAUAAAAUUACGAGACGUAAGAAAAACGUGCCAAAAAUAGGCGGAGCAUAGGAAGUGAAAAAAUGAAAAACAUUUCACAGGCUGUUUCCAAUGUUUCAUUUGUAUUGUACUACUGCUGAGUAUUCGAGCUGGUUGUGUAUAUAUUUUAAGAGCAUAUUUUAUAUAUAUACAUAUAUAUGUUUAAAAACAUAUAUUAGUCAUUAAUCCUCCAUUGUACAUCUUAUUACCUCUCUAGCAUGUAGGAUAUGUAGUUGUAUUAUUAUAUAAUAAUUACAGAUUGUAGUUUUUUAUGUGUUUCUCUGUAAACUUUUUUUUAUUAUUCUCCUCCUUAAUCACCCUGUUCUUCAGUAUUCAGGGUAGAUAUACAGGAUAGAAAACCACCACAGAGAUACAACUCAAACAGCUAAAACAGAGCAAAAAAAAAAUACAAGGAAAUUUAUGUUUUGUAACUUAUUUUAUGUAUAAAUUUUAUAUUGUUAGAAAGCCUGUAAUUUCUCUUUUAAAUAAAGCCACAUUUGUGAGGAACAUGAAUUUGUGGGAGGAGCUUCUGGUUCUCCAGGUGAUACAACUUUUGCUGAUAGGACAAAACACUGAAUUAAAAAAAAUACACUACUGUAACAAAAUAAAAAAUAAAUUUUAUUAUUGUAUACAAUUUGAUAUGGCACACCCCUAACUGAGAUAUUAAAAAAUACAAGAAUUUUAUCAGAUUAAAGUAAAAUAAAUGAUACUGAACAGAUAUAAUCUGUCUCUAGUAGAUAUAUAUAUAUAUAAUGGGAAACUUCAAGCUGGUGCUCCUCAAAACCAGUUUAAAGUAUUAUUAGGAAUGAGCCCUAUAACCAGCAUUUCCAAACUAAAGGCCAAAUUCUAAAACACAAAUUUAUUUUCUUGCUUAUUUUUUAACUGUUUUAGCUGUACCUUGGUUUAUUUAUAUAAUAUUCUAAUUUUCUGAGACACUGAUUUUUGGCUUUUCAUUGGCUGUAAUCCGUAAUCAUCAACAAUAAAAGACUUAAAAUAGAUCACUCUGUGUUCAAUACAUCUAUAUAAUAUAUGAGUUUCACAUUUUCAACUCACUCACUGAAGUAAAGUCAUUUUCAGUGAUAUUCUAAUGUUUUGAGAUGCAAUAUUAUAAGAUACUUUUUUUUUGCUUUAAACAGCGACAAAUUGGAGCAAAGAAAUAAUCUAAUCUACUUACUCAUAAAAAAUAAUCUUCCUUGCUUUUUGUGCUCUGUUGUAUCUGUAGGGUUCUGAAUACUGAAGAACAGGGUGAACGAAGAAGAAUAAUAAUGAUAAAAUAUGCAGAGAAACAUAUAUUACAUACUAUAUUUUUACUUUUAAUUAUUAUUAUAAUAGAAAUACAAAGUGUCCUAUAUGAUCAUGUGAGCUGAUAAGACAGUAAGGUGUUCAUUGUUUCUAUUAUUAAUAGUUUAUUAUAAGACUGUGUAUUUAUGUAUAUUUAUGCUCUUAAAAUGUAGAACAAUUCAGUUUUUCAGUUCAGACUUAUUGAAAUAUGAUGUUCUGAUAAUAAUAAUAAUGUUUAUAAGAUUUAGAUUCAGGUUUCAGGUCAAACGGUAAGUCCUUUAACAGUCAGAGUCAGUGCGGAGUCCGUGCUGAGAGAGAUAAAUAUAUACGUAUAGAGAAAUAUUGAGGUAUAUUGUUUUAAUCACAAGCUGUAAUUUUAUUCUUUUUAAUAUUGUUGUUCUUAUAAUUGUUGAUUUUUUUUAUUAUUUAACAGCAUGAGAAGUUGUAGCCAUAUACUGUAUACAGAUUCUGUUUGAUUAUAUUUUGAGAAAGACACUGGAAACCUGAUCUGGAUGUGCGUGAUUUGAUUUACUUUGAUUUAAUUUGAUUUAAUUUGAUCUGUAGGUUUUAAGGGUUAAAUGCUGGGAGGAUUGGGAUGCUGGUGAUUGUAAGGAGAGAGUGGGCGUGUCUGAGUCUGUGUGGAAUAAAGAACGUGUAGAUAUUGUAAAGAUGUACAUUUUACUACAUAGGAAAUGUAUGGCUAAGAGUUAUUUAUGUAGAAGUUCUGUAAAGUUCAGAUAUUUACUGUAUUCAUCGCGUUAUUUUAGCAUCAUUUCGAGCCGCUUUCUUAAGGACCAACGACGCGCUGCACACUUUUACAGUUCCUCUAAAACCAAACCACCACAUGACGACACCACCGCACAGACAAUCAACCAAUCAAUCAAUCAACCAACCAAUCAACCUAUUGAUCAGUCUCCGAAGAACACGGAUCCACCUGCUCAUCAAAUACACACUUUACUCCUUUAUACACACAAUCUUCCAUAAGCUGUAAGAAUUCAAUAAACACCCAGGAAUCAUUUCCAUUAAA